AUGGCUGUCCCUCUGCUCGUGAGGCUGCAGUCCUACUUUGAUCCCCUUGUCCUUCUCAGCAUCUCUAUUGCCUACCUUCCCCUAACACUACUCUCUCACCCACUGCUGUUCGUGACAUCUCCUUCGUCCUUUCGCUCAAAAUGGUUCGAGAACUUCUGGCGCGUCAUUGGCCCGAAGAUGGCUGCCACGGAAACCCAGAUCAACCACAUUGAAGAAGUGCUCUCCCGCGCGAGCGGAAAGGUCCUCGAGCUGGGUCCUGGAGGAGGCGACCAAAUGUUCCACUACAAGCCUGGGCAGAUCGAGGUGCUGUACUGCGCCGAACCGAACGUCUUCUUGCAUGGGAAACUCCGUGAAGCCGCCGAGAAGCAUGGACUCGGGAAAAAGCUGGUCGCCCUCGAAGCGGGAGCCCAACCGGGCAGUCUCCUGCCCGCGCUCAAGAAGGCCGGGGUCAUCCCCAGCACGGCCUCGACUCUCCCUGAGAACGGCGUAUUCGACACCAUCGUCGCCAUCAAGAGUCUCUGCUCGGCGCCCCAGAAACAGCUGGCAGCUACGGUCGCGGUCGUCCAGGCCCUGCUCAAACCCGGCGGCGAGUUCCUGUUCUUCGAGCACGUCGAGAACAACGCCGACUACAUCACCAAGUCCUACGCGUGGCUGAUUGACUGGAUCUGGCCCGUGUUUAUGGGUGGGUGUCGCGUGGAUGGGAAGAUUGACAGAGUUGUGCUGGGAAUGGGCGGCUGGGAUGAACGGAGGGUCGUCACCACAGGUGAAUUCCAGGGUUACGAGGUACGAAAAUGCUUUCUUGAGACCAUCAAGCCCUUGCCUCUUGUCCCUGGGUUUCGACAAUCGAGCCCGAUUUCACGUUAUCAAUACUAA